AUGACCCGGCAGUUUUGUUGCAUCUGCAAGGUGCAGAAGUCUGCCAAGGACCCACACCCCUGGUGCCCAGACUGUGCAACUGUUGCCUGUUCCAUUGACGAGCGCUGUCACUUUUGUACUCCGCUGUCCGUCGCAGAUUUCAAGGCCUACCUCAGCGCUAAGAAGAAACGCUUGUCACAACGGAAGAGGAAAAUGUCUUCCCCUGUUUCUUCUGUGGACUCCCGGUCUUCUCCCCCUCGUACGCCGGUCGGACGCUCUUCUCCUGUGAUAGAUCAGCCGUCCACCCCUGCGCCUCGUUUGCUGACGCCUGAAGCCAAGCGCUCGUCUGACGCCUUUGUUGACCUAUCCCACCCGGACGCUUUGUCGCAUCCGGAGGUUCAGAAGUUGCUUCGGACGCUCCUUUUGCCGGCAGCUGCCGGAGCCCAAGCUAGCACCGUUCCAGCGCCGUUGCCUAGCUUUGUCCCUGCGCCGACGCCUGUGGCACUUGAUUCUCCAGUUGCUGACUUGUUGCUUCAACCAACGUCGAUGCCUACGCCGACGCCCAUGCGGACGCCGGCGCCUAUGCCGACGCCUAUGCCUAUGCCGACGCCUAUGCCUAUGCCGACGCCUAUGCCUAUGCCAACGCCGACGCCCAUGCUGACGCCGACGCCUGUACCGACGCCAGCGCCAGCGCCAACUCCGACGCCUUUGGCAGACUACCGUAUCCCCAGGAAGGCUACAGUGUCUAGAGAGGAGAACCUACAACGUCAGUUAAUGGAAGAGCGUUCCCGACGUCAGGACGCCGAGCGUUCCCAUCGUUCUCGACGAUCUCGUUCCAGGUCUCCUCGGCAGCAUCAUCGGUCUAGGAGUCCUCGUCUUAGUUCGGAUACUUCUCUUCGCGUCGUCGGUCUGACUCAAGGUCUCGCUCUCCCGUACGUUCCAAGGAUAGGGAGAGGCGCUCACGGUCACCGAUGCGUGGUAGGCGAUACCGUCGGUCCCGUUCAAGGUCACCUCCUGUUCGCCGCUCGCCGCGACGUCCACGUUCCCCGACAGUUACUUUGA